CUGGGACAGAAUAGUAACAUCACAGAGGGAGCUGAGCUCAGGCGAGUAAGCAGCAGAGACCUCAGGCGCUGUCCUUAACUCCUAGAGUGACUGACUCCCUUUCCAGCUCCUCUUGCCCUUUGUUCUGCCUUCUACAGAACAGCGUUGACCUGCGAGGGUUGAGUAAGAAAAGAAUUCUCUGCUGCCCAACACUGUCACAGGCAGGACUGAAGUGAACCGAGGAGCCCUAUCCCAGUGCAGACACAAUGCACUGUUCUGUCAGGACUUGCUUCAGAGCCUCUGUGGCCCUCAUAUUCCUGUGGCUCUUCACCAUCCUGCAAAUCCCUGAGGAAAAUGAAGAUGUCAAAAAUGUGGUGACUAUUCUCUGGGAAACUGGAAGUGCAUGGAGGGAGGACUGAGGACAGGCAGGCUGCCCAAGGCCCCUGAACUUUCCUUCCAAACUCCACUCCCUCUGAGUGGAGCUGGGUGUGGAUCUACCCAUUAUUCCAUAAACUAGCUGCAUUUGCUUGUCAUGUUUCUCAAGGUGAUCAACCAUGGCAGUAAGAAUAAUUUCAGAUCACUAGAUGACUGGCAGAACAUCACCUUCAAGUAUCUGAAAGAAAUCCAGCAGAGAAGAAAAACAUGGCUGACAGUGGGGAUCACCUCAGAGUCACGAGAGGGUCCAAAUGGCCUCUUGGAUACACUGGCCUCCCUGUACCACACCUCGUCCACAUCCGAGCAGAAACAAAUGACAGUGCUGGUCCACCUGGCUGACUCUGACCCCACCUGGAUCAGGAGAACUAUCAUCCGGAUUUCAAGUCUCUACAGGGCCCAGAUCUUGACAGGGCAAUUGCUACUGAUCCACGCCCCACCUGAUGCCUACCCCGCUGUGAACGAUACCCAGAACGAGGUCUCUCGGGGGCAGGUCUACUCCAAGCAGAAUGUAGACCAUGCCUUCCUAAUGAGCUUUGCCACGAAGCUCUCCACUUACUUCCUCUUGAUAGAGGACAAUGUCUUUUGUGCCCCCAAUUUUGUCAACCACAUUCGCUCGAAGGUGGGCUACAGGAAGCCCAACACAUGGGUGCUCCUCGAGUUCUCUAACAUGGGCUUCCUGGGCAAACUUCUCCACAGCAGGGACCUUCCACUCCUGGCCCACUUCCUCCUCCUCUUCCACAAGGAGCGAUCUCUCAGCUGGCUGCUCCUCCACUUCCGCACCCUCCUGGGCCAGCAAAGUUCCAUCCUCUGCCGACCAUUUCUCUUUUACCACAGGUUGACUCACCUCACUUUUGAGAACAAGACCUUAGUAGGCCACGAAAAGGAUCCUCCUGAUCCAUAUACCCUCAGUGGAACUGUUUAUACAGAUAUGAGGUUCUCUGAUACCCACUCCCCGCAGAAGGCCUAUACUCUGGAUGAGUCGUUCUUCUGGUCCUACAAUGUCACUACAGGGAACUAUUUGACAGUGAUUUUGAACAAUCCAGCGAACCUCAACAGAGUACAAGUAAGAACGGGCUCCAUCACGGAUGGAAAGUACAUCCUAGAAAAAGGACAGGUGGAGCUAGGCUAUGAUCCUGAAGGAACACCGCCACAAUGCACCAGCUUUACCCUGCUGGGCCGGCUUGUGCAAGGGCAGAUGGAUCAGUUCAUUCUGGAAAGCAUUGGGUGUAAAGUAAGCUGCGUGAAGCUGGCAGUGAAUGCUAAUCAGGUCGGUGGUCUCAUGAUCAGGCAUAUUUACAUCUGGGGGGAAAAUGCCAAAAACAGAAAAGAUGUCCAAAGAGACAAUGAUGAUGACGACGACGACAGUUGAUGUAUCAGCGUAUGAACAAUUAAAAGCUCAAACCAGUUCAUCUA